ACCUAGCUCUCUCUCUCGCACGGUCGCACCCUGUCGUCACCACUCACCAAGAAGGGAUCGAGGGCGCCGCCGCCGCCCCCGCCACAGCCAUCAGUUGCUCGCCGCCGCCGCCGCCGCCUGGAGUGGCUCGCCAUCGCCGCCGCCGUCGCCGCCUGGAGUGGCUCGCCCCAGCCCCUUCCUGGAAUCCCAUCUCUGCCUCUCUUCUGCUCUUCUCCGCCGGCGACACAAGGGAAGAAGAUACAAGUAUACACCAUGUCAUCUGCGGGCAGUAGCAUGGCAGCAAGCCAAUCUUCAGUCGGUGGUACUGCGAGCAACAACAUUGACGUUGAUGGUGCAGGGGAAGAGGUUGAGAAUGGUGUUGUCAAUCCGAAAUACCCAUUCUGGAAGCAUGCUACAAAACUAGCAAGAGACCCAUCAGGUCGAGGAGGCAACACACGUUUCCGUUGCUACUUCUGUAUGAAUGAUUUCCCAGGCAGCUAUACAAGAAUAAGAGCGCAUCUUCUUAAGAUAUUAAAUGUAGGCAUAAACUCUUGUACCAAGAUAACACAACCUCUUUUUGAGGAACUUCGCAAGGAAGAUAAGGCAGCUGCUCUACUUAUUUCACAUAGUAAAACUAGGAACACACUUCCUCUACCACCCUUUGAGGAAUCUGGUUCAUUGGCAUCAUCAAGGAAAAGAAAGGCAACAGGAAAGCAAUCUGGGAUUUCAGAAAGUUUUCAUUCAUAGGUUCGACAACAAGCUGAUGCUCUCAUUGCAAGAAUGUUCAUCACCGGAGGGGUUCCCUUCAAUCUAGCAAGAAAUCCUUACUAUCGGGAGUCCUACAAUUUUAUCGCAAAAAAUGAAAUGGGUGGCUAUGUGCCUCCUGGAUAUAACGCAUUGAGGACAACCUGUCUUGCAAAAGAGAAGAAACAUGUUGGGAGGAUGCUAGAGCCCCUCAAGUCCACGUGGCCGCUCAAAGGAGUGACUAUUGCGACUGAUGGGUGGGCUGACCCUCAAAGGAGACCAAUUUUGAACUUCAUGGCUGUGACAGAGAGUGGUCCAAUGUUUCUAAAGGCGGUCAACACUGAAGGGGAGACCAAAUCUAAGCAAUUUGUAUUUGAGAGGAUGAAGGAAGUGGUUGAGGAGAUUGGAUCCGAGAAUGUGGUCCAAGUGAUCACGGACAAUGCAUCCAAUGUCAAAGGUGCUGGAUUGAUGAUCCAAGCAAAGUACACCAAUAUUUACUGGACUCCUUGCAUUGUGCACUGCCUCAAUCUUGUGUUGAAGGAGAUAUGUGAUCCAAAGAUGCAUGAUGAAGACUUUGAAGUUCUUAACUUUAUAAAAGAGGUUUCCGAACUAGCUCUCUUUGUCAAGAACUUCAUAAUGACCCAUGGCAUGAGGUUGUCAAUGUUGAAUGAGUUUAGCAAACUUAAGUUUCUUCACAUAGCAGAAACCAGAUUUGCAAGUGUUGUCAUUAUGUUGAAGAGGUUUCUUUUAAUCAAGGAUGCACUCACACUAAUGGUUGUUCAUGCAAAUUGGGCUAAUUAUAGAGAGGAUGAUCCUCCUACAGCUCAAAGGGUGAAGGAACUUAUUUUGAGUGAUGUGUGGUGGGAUAAAAUUGCAUACAUUGUCUCUUUCACCUCACCCAUAUAUGCAAUGAUAAGGCUGACCGACACGGACAAACCAUCUCUCCAUUUGAUAUACGAGAUGUGGGACGACAUGAUGGAGAAGGUGAGAGUUCCUAUUUAUCGUUAUGAAAAGAAGGAGCUCAAUGAAGAUUGUGCUCUCUAUAUCGUUAUCAAGAAAAAACUUCUAAAACGUUGGAAGAAGAGUAGUACCCCCCCCCCUCCAUUGUUUGGCUCACUCGUUGAAUCCGAGGUACUACAGUCCAAAUUGGGUUGGGGCAGUCUGUGGCCGUGUUACCCCCCUUGAUGAUAAUGAGAUUUUUCAAAUGAGAAACCAGUGUUUGCAGAAGUUAUUUCCAGAUCCAAAUGACCACAAGACCGUCAAGAAAGAAUUUGCGGAUUUUGCUCUAAUGAUGAAUGACUUCCAGAAUGCAGAUUCAAUUGAAGAUAGAGAUGAUUUUGAACCAAAGCAAUGGUGGGGCACUCAUGGAGGAAGCACAAAGUUCUUGAAAAGUUUGGCAUUGAAGUUACUUGGUCAGCCUUCAUCUUCGUCUUGUUGUGAAAGGAAUUGGAGUUCAUAUUCCUUCAUCCAUAGUUCUGAGAGAAACAAGCUCACUCCUGAACGUGCUGAGGAUUUAGUGUUCUCACAUAACAACUUGCGUUUGCUUUCAAGACAAUCUGAGGCUUAUCAUGCUGGGCCAAGCCGGAUGUGGGAUGUGGGUGGAGAUGGGGUUGAGAGCUUCACUGGUGUUGGCAUCCUUGAAGGUGCUAACCUGACACUUGAUGAACCUGAAUUGGAGGCUGAGAUCACGAAUGCUCUCACUUGAGUUCCUGUUGUUAUGUUGUAAUGUAUUGUUUGACUAUGGGUCUAUGGUCACAUGGCCUUGUAUCUUCCUGUUCCUGUUGUUAUGUUGUAAUGUACUAUUUGACUGUGGAUUCCUUUUUAUCAUGUCAACUUAGUGAACUUUUGCAUUA